AUGGAAGAGACCAUGGUGGCAAAGCCGACAACGCUCGCCUCCAGUGCCUCGCCAACCCUUUCCAGAACCAACACGGAGAAGGUAGCAUUGGCGGCGAGAUCGUGGUGCCUGUCCAUGCCAGGAACGACAAGAGAGAAACUCAUGGCGAACAUCCAAUAUGCUUGCGGGGGAGGCAUAGCAGAUUGCAGAGCGAUACAGGAAGACGGCCCAUGCUACUCCACGGACAUCAUCAAAGUGGCAAACUACGCCAUGAACGCCUAUUACUACGCCACCGGGCAUGAGGCCCUCAACUGCUACUUCGAUGGUACCGGCCGCAUAGUCUACGACGACCCCACUUACGAUAGCUGCGUAUAUCAUUAA